GAACUCCGUGCACAUUUAACGCAACACCAGCUAGAUUUCCGGCCUCUAUCGUGUCCGCCUCGAAAGGAAGAUGACGAAAGGAACUUCGUCAUUCGGUAAGCGCCGCAACAAGACGCACACGCUGUGCCGCCGCUGCGGCUCCAAGGCGUAUCACCUGCAGAAGUCCACCUGCGGCAAGUGUGGAUACCCCGCCAAGCGCAAGAGAAAGUAUAACUGGAGCGCUAAGGCCAAGAGGCGCAAUACCACCGGAACAGGACGCAUGAGGCACCUGAAGGUUGUCUACCGCAGGUUCAGAAAUGGAUUCCGUGAAGGAACAACUCCCAAGCCCAAAAGAGCAGCAGUCGCUGCCUCCAGCUCAUCUUAGACGUUUUGUUUAAAAUAAAUGUGCUGAAAAUUAA